AUGGCAACUUUGAAAAUUGAUGAUAUGGCUCUACAGAUUGUGGGAGAGGCACCAAUGCUAUGGGCCCUGCUUGAUUCCCUCUUGUCCGCAAGAGCUCUUCAAGUCAUGAAAAUCAAAAGCCAAGGGCACACAGAGAUCAGAGUGUUGGUAUCGGAUGCACAAGAAGCUGAGGAUUCAGAAUACUGGGCUCAAGUAGAUGACCUAGAAGGUGUUAUAGAAGGCAUUACUGGUGAUUGUAUAUUGAGAGCUGAAUGCCUCGCAUCUCAACAUAGUGCGACAAUGAUGCUGAAAAGCACAAAUCAGAAAGCCAACUCGCUGUCAAUCAUUGAAACAAUGGCGAAGAUGGGUCUCUCGAUAUCCAUUGAUGCAAUUCAUGAUACAGUCCAUUUGCUGUCUGCAGAAUCAAGUCAUGCACUACAAUAUCUUAGACAAACACUUCUAGCGGCGUAUGCAUAUGAUAAUUUUGACAUCAACCUGAAGUCCACCGUUCCAACUGCAGAAAAAUAUACCAACAGUCUGAAACAUCUGACAUCGGGCUUACUGUUUCCCCUACAACAUGGAGUCACUCGUGAUGACCUAAAAUUCACAGGAAACAUUCAGGCAAUCAAGAGAUUGAUGGCGCAAGGUGGUGUCUUUGAUCCAGUGGAAGUGGAGGAUGGCGAGUCGCCUGAUGUUACAGAGUAUGUGGUGCUUGUCCAUGGAGAUCUGGGCAUGGGCGAACACAUCGCGUCUAUGCAGCAGUGUCGGUCCAUUGAAACAACUCCAUGGUGGCAAUUCCAACACAUAGUCUUUGUGCCUGGCUUGUUCCACUUGAAAAUGGCAGCUGCAGAUGCAAUAUGGAGGGCAUUAAUCCAGCCAAUGUCAGCGUGUCAGGACCAGACGAGUCUGAUGCACGAUAUUGCACAGCUACGGCCACGUGAAACAGGGAUUUUUGGAUCCAAGCCUGGGUUACGGAUGAUGCACCAGCUCAUUGGCCAUGAUGGGAUCUGUCGGCAUUUGGAUUGUUGGCAGAUAGAAGUUGAAAAAAUGAACAAUGCUCACAAAACGCUCGAUGACUUUGCCAUUUUAAAACCGAGCCUAAAGGAACUAAAGGUGAUUGCCAACAGACUUGCUCGAGAAUAUAUCACUACUUACAGGCUAACACGAUACAAGAACAACUUGUUGAUUAACAAGUAUUUUCUACUGUAUGAGGAGCUAUCCUAUGCGAUGAACAUCGGAGACAUUGUGCACAUUGAAACCUGCAUCAUCGCAUGGACAUUAAUAUUCAAGGCAAUGGGCAAACAUAAAUAUGCCACAUGCAUGACAGAGUUUUUGAUAAACUUGCACUUCAAUUAUCCCAUGGGUUUGCAGAAAGCAAUACGGUACCAUUGGCUAGUCAAUCCAACCAGAAAACCUGAACGCUUCCAUGCUGUCGACUGGUGCGUAGAGCUCAACAAUCUAUUCAUCAAAGUGAAAAAUGGAGGGACUGGCUCGAACCGUAGUGUCGCGAGGGUCAUUCUCGAGUCGCCUCUGGUUGAAGUCUAUCAAAAUGCCCAUUCCGUCAUCAAAACUAAUUUCAUGCAUACUGGGAGAAUGAGUUUGCAGGCUGCACCUGAUAUGAAAAAAAUGUUUGAAGGACUGCUAACGAAGAUGCGAUCAUCAUCUCCACACAUUCAUACACCUGGACGACAAAGCACUUACUUAGUCCCGGAUCUUCUUGACAAGGGGCAUGAGCUAUUUGAGAAAGGAUGGAAGGGAAUAGGUACAGAAGACAAUGGUACGAUAGUAGAUGAGGUAGAGCAUCCUACAACUGAAGACGUUGUAGGAGAGUUAUAA